CUUUAGACUGCAUGGUGUGUCUCUGGAGAUGAACUAUCUGGACUGUGUUACUGUAAACUGAUCGAUGUCCAGAGAGUUUGAUUAUUCAUGUCUGAAAGCUCCGGGUCGUUUACAUCAAUGAUUAUCGAAAACAGUUUACCAAAGUUCAGUGAAGUCCUGUGAAUUGAUGCACUUUAUAGUUAGCAUACGUUUAUAUGACAGUGCAUAAAGAAAGACAUGAGCUCCAAAACACUAACGGUUAUAGUUCGUUUAGUCCGUCAUUGUUUAUACAAACCUCGUGUUUUUCGGGUAAAUCCGGUGCGGUUGUAUUAUGGGUCUCCGCAGACGGUAACGGGAUCCGCCAUUCGCACGGUAGACCUCCGGAGCGACACCGUCACUAAACCCGGAGCAGCGAUGCGGAGAGCCAUGGCGGAAGCGGAGGUCGGAGACGAUGUGUUUGGAGAAGACCCUACAGUUAAUGAACUACAGAAAAUAGCUGCUGAAAUGUUUGGCAUGAAAGCGGCUUUAUAUGUGCCCUCAGGAACGAUGAGUAACCUGAUUGCAGUUAUGGUCCACUGCAGGGAGAGGGGUGAUGAGAUGAUAGCUGGUGAUCUUUCUCAUAUUCAUAUUUAUGAGCAGGGAGGAAGUGCACAGCUUCGCUCUGUGGCUGAUCAGUUUGGUCUGGCGGUGCAUAUGGAUGGAGCGAGGGUGAUGAACGCAGCUGUAGCUCUGGGUGUUCAGCCCUCUGCUAUACUACAGCACUGUCAUUCUGUCAGUGUGUGUCUGUCUAAGGGACUCGGGGCACCUGUGGGCUCCAUGCUAGGAGGGUCAAAAGAUUUCAUACAGAGAGCGGUGCGUGUCCGCAAGGUGCUUGGCGGUGGAAUGCGCCAGUUGGGUAUCUUGGCAGCAGCUGGUAAGAUCGCCCUGUCAGAUAUGAUUGGAAGACUGGAGGAGGACCACAGGAACGCCAGACACUUUGCUCAAGCACUGUUAGAGAGUGACCCUGCACUGUAUCAGGUUGAUCUGAACACCGUUCAAACCAACAUCGUGAGGUUUUCUCUGAGGGAGGGUCAGAUGAGCCCGGUGGAGUUCUGUGAGAGGAUGGCAGGCGUAGAUGAGGAAGAAGUGAAGGCUUUGGGUCAAGGGGUACCUGUUCUGAUGUUCCCCCAUGUUGGGGACACAGUCAGGGCUGUGUGGCACCUGGGCAUCAGUGAGGAAGACACUCAGCUGGCUAUACUGAAGGCUCAGUUUGUGGCUCAACAGCACAAGCGGAGGUCCAUCAGGGCAGCGUGAGAGAAGUCCUUUAUCUGCUCUUUGUAAAACAUUUGACUUUUUUGGCACUCACUUUGACUCACCCACUUAAGGGAAAUAAAUUAUUCAUCUAAAAAAACGUAUUUCAGUCAUUAUUUACACACUCGAGUGUUGUUCCAAUGCCAUGAGCCCUUCCGUCUUUGUCAGAAUAAAAAAUAUAUAGUUUUUUAAAUGUGCUCGCCUAUAUAAAUACACUACCUGACAAAAAUCUUGUUGUCAUCCAGCUCACCAAAUGAUCAUUAUAAAUUAAUUUUCAAAGCUUAUGCCACCCUCUACUUGUUAUUUAAAAUGAAAAAAAUAAUCAGACCCCUUUUGUCACUUAUGUAACAACUCUACACAAGGUACUUACAUACAUAUGUUCUGGGAAUGUCCCCAAAUUGCAUUAUUCUGGACUAAAAUACGAGACUUUCUAUCAGAUCUAAUGGAAACUCAGAUCCAAUGCGACCCAUUGCUUUUUCUUAUGCUGGACAAUUCAUCGCUCUCCUUACUCAUCAAUCAAAGAAGGAUUUUGUCAGUUGUUCUGACUGCUGCUGCUGCUGCAAAAAAAAAAAAAACAAUCCUGAAACCAUGUCUGGUCUAUCUGUUCCAACUGAUCUAUCCUGGAGGCUCUAUCUACUGGACAUUAUUAGUCUGGAAUAAACCACAGCUAAAAUAAAUGGUGCCAGUAAAAAAAACUGUGCAAUUUUGGUCA